UAAGACUCCUGCCGGAGUACAAACCUCUCCUGAGGUUCAUCUGGCGAAACAUGCGGAAAGGAGAUCAGCCUGAUGUCUACCAAUGGCAAGUCUUACCAUUUGGAACGACUUGCAGCCCAUGCUGUGCGACCUUCACACUUCAGAAACACGUCAGGGACCACCAGCCAUGUGAUGGUGAAGUAAGGCAGUCGAUAGAACAGUGCUUUUAUGUUGACAACUGCCUACAGAGUCUUCCCACAGUGGAUGAAGCUAGGCAGUUGGUCAACAAGAUGAGAUCUGUACUCGCCUCAGGGGGGUUUGAAAUCCGGCAGUGGGCCAGCAACGUCCCCUCAGUUGUUGAGCACUUACCAGCUAACGCGAAAUCAGAGAGCAUAGAGCUAUGGCUGCAAAAGAAUCAUUCCGACCCUCAGGAGCCAGCUCUAGGUCUGAUCUGGCACUGCCUGGAUGAUCAUCUGGGUUACAAGCACCGCCCGACAGCAGAGUGUCUUCCCACAAUGAGGCACAUCUACAAAGUCCUGGCAUCCCAAUAUGACCCUUUAGGGUUUGUCAACCCCUUUACCACCAGGGCUAAAGUUCUAGUACAGAAACUCUGGGCUAAACCAAGAAGUUGGGAUGACCCGAACCUUCCCAUAGAUCUUCUUGAGAGGUGGAGAGCUUGGGAACAGGAACUACCUAACCUUGCUAAGGUAGUGUUUCCCCGUUGUUACCUCCCAUCACAUUUCAGUGAGGACGCGGCAAGAUUCAGCUUGCACAUUUUCUGUGAUGCGGCCGAGGUGGCCUAUGGAGCAGUAGCGUACCUGCUUAUCGAGCAACAAAGUGAACUCUACACCUCCUUUGUGAUGGCAAGGUCAAGGGUAGCUCCCAAACGACAACUGACAAUGCCCCGGUUGGAACUCUGUGCAGCCUUGGCUGGUGCCCAGCUUGCUAAGCUUCUAGUGCAAGAGUUGACCAUUCCUAUUGAGACGACCACACUCUGGACCGACUCGACUACCGUCUUGACCUGGAUUCAGUCAGAGUCUUGCCGAUAUAAAGUCUUUGUCGGCACUAGAGUGGCUGAGAUCCAGGAGUUAACUGACCUGCAUUCGUGGAGGUACGUGAACUCAGCAAGUAACCCGGCAGAUGAUAUCACCCGGGGAAAGACGCUUGUAGAGCUGGCGAGCCCCAGUAGGUGGAAUCAGGGACCUAAUUUCUUACGUGGACCACCAGAUCAGUGGCCAGCUAUACCUCCGAUGGAGAAUCGAGAUGAUUCGUCAGAAACCAGGAAGACUGUAUUCUAUGGACUAACUAUAGAUGAACAGAAUCCGCAGAUGCCCGACGCAGCUCAAUUCACCUCCUGGAAGGCCUUGGUUAAGGCAACUUACCAGUCCCUUCAUGGGGCGGCUGUUUUAGAUGCAGGGACCUCUAAACCUGAUUAUCAGAGUGCUGAAGCAUUAAUCUUGAGCCAGUCCCAAGCCGAAUCUUUCCCACUAGAAUUCAAAGCUUUGAAAGCAGGUAAGCCAGUGCCCCCUUCUAGUCGUUUGAGCACACUAGCUCCAGAGUUUGAUCCGGCAUUAAGUUUGAUUCGAGUUGGAGGACGACUUCGAAGAUGGGAAGGCUCGAUCCCAACCGAGAGUCACCCAGUAGUUUUAGACCCCCAUCAUGCUGUUACCAAGCUACUCAUCCAAGACUUUGAUGAAUGCCUACUUCAUCCAGGGCCGGACAGAGUUUUUGCUGAACUCCGUCGUUACUACUGGGUUCUGAGAGGUAGACGGGCGGUGAAGAAACACCAGAGGGGGUGCGUGCAAUGCCAGAGGUGGAGGGCUAAGCCGACGGUGCCCGUUAUGGCUGACCUACCCUUAGCUCGGCUUCGACUCUAUCAACCACCAUUCUUCUUGACAGGUGUCGACUGCUUUGGGCCAUUCACUGUCAAAGUAGGCCGUCGCUCAGAGAAACGAUGGGGUGUGAUCUUUAAAUGUUUGACCACCCGUUGCAUACACCUCGAUCUCCUCAACAGCCUGGAUGCAGAUGCUUUCCUACUUGCCCUGAGACGUUUCAUAGCCCGACGGGGUACUCCAUCGGAGAUUAUCUCUGACCAGGGAACUAAUUUCCGAGGUGCCGGAACAGAGCUGAGAGAGGCAUUUAAAGAAAUGGAACCUCAACUGCAGGAACAGCUGGCAGACAAGCAAAUUACUUUCAAGAUGAAUCCUCCUGCAGCACCGCAUUUUGGCGGCACAUGGGAACGUGAGAUCAAAUCUGUGAAGUCGGCCCUACAGGUCGUCACAGGAAACCAAUCCUUGCCAGAAGAUGUCCUGCACACGGUGCUAGUUGAGAUAGAGGGUAUCUUGAAUAGCAAACCACUAGGCUACGUCUCGUCUGACGUAGCAGAUGUAGACCCGGUCACCCCCAAUUUCCUCCUCAUGGGGCGGCGGGAUGCUUCGCUACCCCAAGUAGUCUACACUCCAGAACCUCUGUCUAAGCGUCGAUGGCGCCAUGCUCAGACUGUAGUUGAUCAUUUCUGGGCGUACUUUACCCGACAUUACCUGCCUAACCUUCAGCCUCGUCUUAAGUGGCAGCGUGAGACUCAGGAUCUGACCGAGGAUGCUGUAGUGAUGGUGGUGGACCCACAACUGCCUCGGGCUCACUGGCCCAUCGGUAGGAUUGAGAGUCUGGUACCCAGCGAAGACGGCCAUAUUAGGUCAGCAAAGGUCAGAAUAAAGGACCGCCUGUAUCUUCGCCCUGUGGCUAAGCUAGUUCAACUCCCAGCACGCCCAGACGGUGAGGAUACAGACGUUAAGGACUAAGGAAUUCAUAUUUCUACAUAUUAGCUAUGCUAAUCUGGGGGCGGCUGUACUAAAUUCCUUAUUAAUUUGUAAGGGUAGUCUCCUCAACGUGCGUGUGACAUAGUUGUGUGUGUACAGAGCGCUGACGGCAGUCCGCCAGAGCGGUUUCAGUUUACUUUCAGUUUCAUUUCUCUGCCGCUAUUUCAAAUGAGUGGUAAAUGUGCGUGCAUGAACGUAAGUUAAUUUAUCUUUCUUUACCUGUCA